AUGCCAAGUCGAGAAACCGACGCGCGUGCCGUCGUUCUCCAAAACGUCGACCUCUUGUCGAUCGUGUUCAACUAUCUCUCCGCCGACCGCAUCAAAUCCGAUCAAGACGCGUUGGAGACGAGGAAAGGUCUCCGGUCUGCAGCCCUUGUCUGCAAGGACUUCGUGGAACCAGCAUUGGACUGCCUUUGGCACAUACUGCCGUCAUUAAUGCCUCUCUUGAAAUUACUUCCGUCGUUCGGUCUCAUAGAUGGAGUGUAUAUGCUCGAAGAUGUGGAAGAGGGUGAUUGGGAACGAUAUGAUAUUCACGCACGUCGCGUUCGUAUCCUUGACCUCAAACCUGAUCAAGUUUCCUCGUCGCCUUUUGUCUACCCCCGAAUCAUGCGACAUCGCAAAGGCCCUCUCCUACCUGCUCUGCGCGAGCUCCGUAUUCCCGACAACACGUCCAUCGACCUCACACUCGCUUUCAUCGUCACCACACCGGACCUGAAAGUUGUUGAGAUCAAGAACAGCGCCAUGAAAGACGCGAAGUUUUCCUACCCUUUCCUCACAUCUUUGAGCAGUGAACAUCCGAAGCUAGAGCACUUGACAAUUGACGGCGACCGCGUCAUCAACCUCAAGCCGAUCCUCAAGCUAACCCACCUGCGCAAGCUUGAGCUGCGUCUUCCGAACAUGCAUCUCUCGACAAGUUUCAUGGAGGGGCUAGGAAACAUGGAAAAUCUUCUGGAUCUUACUCUGCACGCUGGUGUACAGACGCAGGUGUCCAUCCCGGAGCCGGUCAGACGAGAUCCUCUCCCCAGAUUGCCUCCGAAUACAACUCGGAAAUUCAAGCAAUUGAAACAUCUCCAUGUCCUCGGGACGAUUUCUUGUAUCGCACGCGUCAUGGAAUACAUGAACCCCAGGUCCUUGCUGUCUUUUUCCCUCACAGAAUCGCGAGAUUCAAGCGGCAACCCCCUUCGGCCAUUUUGGACCCAGUGCUUCGGUUGCCUCGCCUCGUCCGAAAAACUUGCAUCCAUCACAAUCAAUCACUGCUCGCAAGGAAAAAAAGAAGACUACCUCAGCGCCUCAUCCCUCGAGCCCCUCUUUGACCUGAGCGGCAUGCAGCAUUUGAUGAUUCAUGGCGAUUCGUUCACAGCCACAGACAGUGAACUGCUCGCCCUUGCAUGCGCCUUCCCUCGUUUGAAGAGCCUAGUGUUGCCCAGUGGGUGGCACACCUCGGCGCCAACUCCCAAAUCGCUCUGCCACCUGGCGUUGUCGUGUCCAGAGUUGGAGGAGCUUCGGAUCUGUCUCAACGUUGACCAAAACCUCGCUAACACCGUGAAGUCCAUGACUGAUGACGUUGCAGAAAUGCCUCUGAAGCACAAGCACUCGCUACGCAGGCUGUAUAUCAAUUCGUCGUUGGGCAAUCUUUCGAACUCGCAGAGCAUCGUGUUUGCGCGCGUCUUGUGGAUACGGCAUUCCCUUUCCUCGAGGUUCUUCGACAUUAGGUGGAGUUGUCAGUGA